AUGAUUCUAUUCGUUAUCGCCGUCUUCGUCAGCCUUCUGGACGACUCGGCCUCUUUCAACCAGAACCAAGAAAGUACGAUCAGUACACCGUUUGUCGAGUCACCACCACCUCCUACGACACAAUCACCUACGACGACAACAGAAGUCAAGGAGCCUCCUCACGGAAACGAUGAAUCAGGAACCGACGUCAAGCCUCCUCAUGGAAACGAUGAAUCAGGAAGCGGUGGAUCAGGUGGAACCGAUGUAGGAGACGCUUGGCUAGAUGACUUCUUGAAAACAGCCGUCGGUAUGAAUGUGUAUGAAAUUCAGACAUAUUCGUCGGGACCACCAGAAGAUAGGGGCAUGGCAAUCCUCACUGCUCCAGGGCCAGGCGAGUUUAACAACAAAAUCAUAAAUUCCGGGCCGAAAAGUACAGAGCGCCGUUGGUCCAAUAUGAUGGUAUUCUAA